CCUUUGCAACAAGAACAGCUUAAACAUGAAGCUGCUCAUAGUCCUGUCAGUUAUUGCUUGUGGAUAUGCAGCCAAGUUAGAUAGGACAUAUCUUCCACCGCAAAGCGCUGCAACGGCUGGCGGUAGUCCAGGCGCUUUGACGGCACCCGGAAUCCAAGCAGGACCUGCUUUUGGACAAGGGCUUCCAUCUGGUUCUGGGCGUCAACCUGGAGCUUCAGGAUUUGAUCAAUCUGGCUCCUCUGGAUUCGGUCAAGGACCUUCAGGAAGUGCACAGUCAUCAAGUUCAAAUGGAUUUGGUUUUUCGAAUAAUGCUCAAAGCUCAAAUGGAUUUGGUUUUUCGGAUAAUGCUCCAAGCAAAAAUGGAUUUGGCCCCACCAAAAUAGAUGGAACCUCACGUGGAAGCUCGUACGAUUCAGCACUUGAAUCACGUGUCCCUUCCACUUCCGUUUUUGGUUCAUCUCAAAUUGGAACGAAUGAAGCCAGUUUCGGUCAAGCAAGUUCUUUCAACCAAGGUUUUGGUACAGGAGCAUCAGGCCCAAAUGUAGCUCAAGCGUCCACACCAGAACGUGCACAAGCAUCUGCUGACAGAAGUGCUGAAAUCCUGAAAUACAUUAAUGAAAAUAAUGGUGAAUCUUAUAGAUACAGCUACGAAACAUCUAACGGUAUAUCGGCUGAAGAGUCAGGGGAAGCUACUAAUGGCGUAAGAGCCCAAGGAGGAUAUUCUUAUACUGGUGACGAUGGAAAAUCGUAUUCUGUGACUUAUACUGCUGAUGAAAACGGAUAUCAACCACAGGGUGAGCAUUUACCAACACCUCAUCCCAUCCCUGAGGAAAUAUUAAGAUCUAUCGAAGAAAACGCAAGGGCAGCGGCAGCUGGUACUCAAGAAGGAGCGUACCGACCUGAAGAAUAUGAAUCUGAACCUUCACCACAGCAAUAUAACACCGGUAACACUUUCAAUCAGCCACAAGUUCAGAAUUACGGUUCUGCUCAAGGUUUCCAACCCGGUCAAGGAGCAGGAAACCACCCCCAAGUCAACAAAUUCACAACAAACCAAGACUCAAUUCAGUCUGGCCAGAGGCGUCCAAGUGGUCCAUCGGGUCAGUACGGUGGAGAUAAUCAAGCUUCGACGACAGGUGUAGGCCAAAGCGGUCAAAUACAAGGUGCCAACGGAUUUAAACAAACACAGAAUGGUUUUGGGUCCGGUCAAGGCUCUAUAACUCAGUACGGUCCUCAAGUAAAUAAAGAGACAAGCUAUUCAACUGGAUUAACUUCUACAGGAUCUGGAUCAAACACAAACGUUGGUGCUGGUGCUUUAUUUGGUAAUAAAGAAAAUCAAUAUCAAGCUGGAUUAGGUCAGGCUAAUAUACCUCCGACAGGAAGUCAAUUUAGCUCUGGUAUUACUUCGAACCAAGGUCAGGCAUAUCAAUCUUCAUUUGGAUCUCAACAAGGUUCUCAAUAUAGACCUGUAAACCAACCAAUCGGAUCCACAGGGCCUUCUGGACAAGGUAUACGUUAUCAAUCUACCCAGAAUGCAUUUAAUGCUGGAUCUUCCGCUGGCCAAAACAACCAAUAUGGCCCAUCAGCUGGUUCAAAUACUGGCCCAGUUCAGAGCACUUCAUACAAUGGAAACCAAAAUUCUCAAUCUGCAACUCCAAUUGGACGUGGUCCUCAAUAUCAACAAAAUGGAAACCAGCUAGCAUCUGGAUCUAACGUAGGUCCAAGCCAAGGCGCGCCACAAUUCACGUCAGGCAAUCAAUUUGGAUCUGGUGCUACAGGCUCAGCUGGUUCAGCUGGCUCAGCAAUUCAAGCGCCAUACCAGUAUAACCGACCUGGUCAGAGUUUCGAGCCACAAAGUCCUUCCAUCAACGCUGGUGCUCAAGGUGCCAAUGGAAGAACGAAUCAAGAUAACCAGAAAGGAAUUGAUCAAUUCGGUGGACCCCGUCAACCCCCAAGCUUCAGCCCACAGGAAGGUUAUAAAUAUUAGAAUAGAGUGAUAGCGAAUUUCUAGACAUAUCCUAAAUCGGCAUAAGAAAAAAAAAACAUCAGCAUAAUAAAUCGUAAAAAAA